UAUUCAUUCUUUUUUUUUUUCUUCUCCAAUACAGUGUGGAACAUCCCACUCCUGCACUACAGAUAGCUUGUAUCACCUGCUUUCCCUCAUUUAUUCAGGAAGGUGCCAUAAUCUCUUUUUCCAGGGAGUCUCAUUUGUUCAAGCUUUACCACAGACUUAUUUAGAGGUGUUUAUUUUUAUAUAUAGGGAUAGUAGUAUUGCAAGUUUUGCACAGCAAGUUUCAUACAUAUAAAAAUUUCAUUGAAAACAUGGGAUAUGCACAGUAAAUCACUGAUUCACUCAGUCUUAUGUUGAUCUAAUUGCAAACUAGGUUAUUAUAUAAUUGAAUGCACAGUUGUGGAAGGGAAACAAAACCUAUAGUUUAUUCAAUGUUGAAAAGUAUGACGUUGAAAAAAAGUUGAAAUUUCAAUAUUCAUUUGGUUUGCAAAAUCAACACUUAAUUCAACUUUAAUUCAACGUUGAUGCAAGACCCAGUUCACCCAUGUUGAAAAGUAAGAUGUUGAAACAAUGUUGCGAUAUUAACAUUGAUUUAAUUUGCAAAAUCGAAAUCAAAUUCAACAGUGAUUCAAUCUUGAUCCAUCAUGUUGAUUCACCCAUGAAUAAAUGCUGAAAUGCCGACUGGGAAGUACUGACACUGGAGACUCCUUCCAUAAGUGUUAAAUAAAUAUCUCCUCACAGAAAUCUUCACCAUAUCAACAAUUACAUUUUUUUCUUUGUUAAUUAACAGCAUGUUUUUUACAUUAUUUUAAAAUAUUAAAUUGUGUGCAGCGCCUCCACACAAGUACCUGUGAAUGAGCUGUUACAAUAAAGAGAACUGAUUAGAACAAGUGCAUUAAUAUAAAUCUGAUUUAAAUUGCAGAACAGCAGUCAUCGCUGCUGUUAUAGAAAAUGAAUGAACACCUACUGACCAAUCAGAUUCAAGAAUUCAACAGCACUGUGGUACAAUUGCCAUUAAUGUUGUGUAUUGCCAGUUCUUCACUGAAAACCCUAACAAGUUGACUGAACUCAACUGACCAAGUAAACUCAUUCCCUCAAUUUAACUCAAUUUGACUGUGAUUUGAACCCAGGCCACAGUGAUGAGAGUGCCACAUGCUAGCCACUAGCCUACUAGGGAACCAGUGUACUGAUAUAAUUAAGUUCACAAAUGAACAAUUUUUUUUUUGUAACAAAAUGUAACUUUAUAUACAAAAUAUCCUCUACAUGAUUGCCAUAUCUUUGUAAACACAUGCCUACUCAUGAUGAACUCUGGAACCUCACUACACCAGUACCAGCAACAGACAAGACUUACAGGACCACCUUUUGCAAUUAUCUACCAAUCAGCGCAUUAGUUCUAUUGAUGCCAGGCAGAACUCCUUGCAUGGCCAAUCACAUGAAAGAAAGACUCAUAAUGAAUCAUAAUUCUGAGUUCAGAACACUUGAACACUUAUUUUGUAGGUAAAUAAGUAGGUAAACGAACUAUGAUUUUUGAUUUAUGGGAACAAAAUGCAACAUUUUAAGUAAUGUUUAGUCAUGAUUACUUGAUUGUUUAAAUAAAGAUAACAUUAGGGUUUACAGUGUUGCUUAUGCUGUUGGUUUGUAAAUCCCCUCAACCACUCCGGACUGCAUAGACAUAUCCUUAAAUAUUUAGCUUUCAAGUCCUUUUUAGGACUAGAUUUUUUUAUUAUCUGUAUAUUAUAACAGUGCAGAAGUGUGUGGGUGUUAAAAUACUCCAAGGUAACAAACUACACCACACAAUGUCCUUACUUUCUUCCCAACCACUUUCUACCUCAGCCUGUGAUGUUGUUUUAUGGUGCACCUUGCACUGAGUUGUGAUUUUUAGUAGGCAAACACAGGUGAUGCUUCCGUUUAUAAGCCCUGAAUAUGCUACUAGCAGUAUCAGACAUAGAUGUGUCAGCCACGGCCCUGAUGCACCUCAGGAUGUUCAUCUUUUUCUUCUAUUUUGUGUUUCCUAUACUAUGUGGUGGAGUUUUGCGGGUGCAGAACAGAGACUGGAUGGGAAAUCCAGAUGCAGAAUUCAUCGAGGGAGAUGUGGAGUGCUUCUCAGAAUAUAUGGAACUAUGGAUCCACAGAAUGAGAACUGAAGGGUUGAGACUCUGGCUUUCAGCAAUGCUGAGGAUUCAAGUCACUCUUGGGUCUCUGGAGGUCUUAAACCAACAGCUGUCAGCAUGUGGCUUUGGCCUACAUAAAGAUCCUGACAGGAACUACAUCUUCAGAGUCAUGUACAGUGGGUGCUUUGUGCAACAAGAGCAUGGCCAUUAUGUGAUUGUAUUGAACUUGAUGAAGAGAAUAAGCCGCUUUGGAGGCAGGACACAUAAUUAUGUAAUGAAGUGUCCUGUAGUUCCACCGCCACCCAACACAGAACAUAUUCAGUGCGACCCCGAUUUCAUCCAGGUCACCAGACAGAUCCCAGUGGACAGCUGGAACAAUGAGCUCAAAUGGUCUCUUGCUUUGAGAGGGAGUCUGGUAGUGGCUCUGGAAGAUGCCAGUCUCAUUCAAGUAAAUGUUGACAUUCAGAAACCGCUCAUUACUGUUCAAGGCAGGAGGAACACAGUUCUUAGCCCUGUGCAGGUUCUACAGACUGAGGGCCAGUUCUUACCUCUUAAGUUGGUCAGUGGACAGUAUGCCUAUAGCAUGGAAGCCACUUGUCCAAAUAUGAUUCAGCACCCAUCUGAGGACACAGUGCUGCACAUUUACAAACGCCGCAUGGGAUUGACUAAGAGAGGAGGGUAUGACAACGAGACCCUGUCAGUCAGCAGUGUGUCUAUAAACCAGACAGACACAUUUACCUGGUCUGAGACCACCAGCUUUGUGAAGCUUAUUGUUCCCACUGCUCUUAUUCAAAUGACAAAGAAAUGUGCUGACAAGGAGCGUGAGAAUCUCCAACAGUCAUUCUUCAGAAUAGAUGUUGUGCUCACUUUUAAAGAGACAAACAACAGAAUGUUCUGGACGAUGGAGAACACGUCACCAUGCUCAAAUUAUCACAUUCCUCCAGUAUCACCAGUAUCACCUAAAUCUCCUGCGCCAUUUACUGCUUUAAACCCCACACUCCACAAUUCAGUCACAGAAGAGUCACUGCUUUCUUCCAGCACAGAGCCCCAGACAUCAUCCGGGACCACUGAAAAAGGACUUAGCAAAACUUACAAGGUUUUUCAAGCUACUAGGGUACCUGGAGUGGUAUCAGGAUCUCCAUGGAGCACUGGUUCAACAGACAGUGACACACGUGCCUCAUUCAAGGCAGAUACUAGUACUGAUGAUCUAAAUCCUGACAUUCCUGGGAAUCUUGUUUUAACAACGUCUCCUAGCAUGGAGUCAGAUGCAACACUGGUUAGUUUAUCCAAUCCUUCAUUUAGUCCUCACCCUGACCAAUCCAUGGACUUGACUAAUGCGAGAGAGACGUCAACAGUUAAGCCAUACGAGCCUUCUUUGUCAACCAUGGACAACAAUGUAAGGUCAAAAACAAACAGUAAGAUUAGCAAAGCUGUACCUUUCACUAAAUCCUAUUCUGAGGCUGAAACCAAGUGGAGCCCUGUGACAUUGUCACUUUAUUUAGAGAGCACUACUACUAAUAUCAUUCCAAAUACUGUCUCAGACAUCACUUUAAACACUCCACCUUCAUCCCUGACACCCCUCCGGCUACAUCAACAAGUCACUCCACCAUCCCUGUCUCCCCCACAACCUGAUAUUACAGUGCAUUCAGCAGUCCUGAAUAAGACCACAACUAUUCACACAACACAUGAAGGCACAUCUGUACAGCCAGAGACUGUUAAUUAGCAAGCACAUAGGUCCUAAAAGCAUGGUAAAGGAGAUAAUACCACUGUACUUGCUUUAUACUGUCACUGCACCAGAGAACAGAACAACCCUCCAAAAAUGAGAUUCCUUCCUUCAUUCAUCUGAGGGUAAAUUUAGAGCAGCUAAUUUACCUAUCAACAUGUUUUUUUUUCCAGAGAAAAAAAAAUGCAUGCUAUCAUGGGGAGAACAUGCAAAACAUAGUAUUGAACUCUGGAGCUGUGAGGCACCAACAGACCUGUUGUGCCACUGUGUCACCCUAAAUGAAAAUCAGCCAAGGACAAAGCAAAACCACAACUCUGAUACCUGCCACCAUGGAACAAUCAUAAAAUAUUAUAUAUAUCUGCCUCUGGGUAAACGAGUGCAGUGUCUGAAUGUUGUCUUUGACAGAAAACAGGAUCCUGCAGUGUCAUUGCUUCUACUGCCCCAAGGCAUGAUAUAACAACCAUACAGCCUUUUAGCUUUCAAUAACUGCCACUUAGAUGUGAGAACUGUAUACUACAUAGUAUAGACUAUUGUUGUAUUUAUAAAAAAGGAAGUUUGGGAAAGUCUCCAAUGAGUAUUUGAAUAAUGCACAAACCAAAGUUCUACACCACAAUCAGUCUGAAGAGCUUUCAGUUGAUCUGCUUCUUUGUAAGGUUUUAUGCUUUGUAGGGGUUUUCAGCUGAUGUAAAUUAUGUGGUUUUUUUUUAAAUACCCUUGGUGUAUUUACUGCCAAAUAUUUCUUUACACUUUGUUCUUUUCAAGAUUCAGUAAAAAACUGUUUGUUUUAAAAAUUUUUACCGUAGAUGGUUUGCACUCAGAAAGCAGAAC